CUGCGCGCGGCGGCCGCGGAUCAUCCCUGCUCUGGUGGUAGCACGGACAGGACUGGAGCUACCGCGGUCUGGUCUUUUGAAUAAGAUGAAGUACAUUCUAGUCACUGGUGGAGUUAUCUCAGGAAUUGGAAAGGGGAUCAUUGCCAGUAGCAUUGGGACAAUUUUAAAAUCAUGUGGCUUACAUGUAACUUCCAUUAAAAUUGACCCAUACAUCAAUAUUGAUGCAGGAACAUUCUCUCCUUAUGAGCAUGGUGAAGUUUUUGUGCUUGAUGAUGGUGGGGAAGUAGACCUUGACCUGGGCAAUUAUGAACGGUUCCUUGAUAUCCGUCUCACCAAAGACAAUAAUCUGACCACUGGAAAAAUUUACCAAUAUGUUAUUAACAAGGAGCGUAAAGGAGACUACUUGGGAAAAACUGUCCAAGUUGUCCCUCACAUCACAGAUGCAAUACAAGAAUGGGUAAUGAGACAGGCAUUAAUUCCUGUUGAUGAAGAUGGCAUAGAACCUCAAGUGUGUGUGAUUGAGCUUGGAGGGACAGUAGGAGACAUAGAAAGCAUGCACUUCAUCGAAGCUUUCCGCCAGUUUCAAUUCAAAGUAAAACGAGAAAACUUCUGCAACAUUCAUGUCAGCCUUGUUCCACAGCCAAGCUCUACAGGUGAGCAGAAGACUAAACCGACCCAGAAUAGUGUUCGUGAACUCAGAGGACUUGGACUUUCCCCAGAUUUGGUGGUGUGCAGAUGCUCUAAUCCUCUUGACACAUCAGUGAAGGAGAAGAUAUCCAUGUUUUGUCAUGUUGAGCCAGAGCAGGUGAUCUGCGUCCAUGAUGUUUCUUCUAUUUACCGAGUCCCUCUGUUACUAGAAGAGCAGGGUGUUGUAGAUUACUUUCUACGGAGACUUGACCUUCCAAUUGAGAGGCAGCCAAGAAAGAUGCUGAUGAAGUGGAAGGAGAUGGCUGACAGGUAUGACCGUUUGCUAGAAACCUGCUCCAUUGCUCUAGUUGGGAAAUACACCAAGUUCUCCGACUCCUAUGCCUCAGUCAUUAAAGCCCUGGAGCAUUCUGCCCUGGCCAUCAACCACAAGUUGGAGAUAAAGUAUAUCGAUUCAGCUGACUUGGAACCAAGUACUUUACAAGAAGAACCUGUUCGAUAUCAUGAAGCUUGGCAGAAGCUCUGUAGUGCCAAUGGAGUGCUGGUUCCAGGGGGUUUUGGUGUUCGAGGAACAGAAGGGAAAAUUCAAGCGAUUUCCUGGGCACGGAAACAGAAGAAACCUUUCUUAGGUGUGUGCUUAGGAAUGCAGCUGGCAGUGGUUGAAUUUUCCCGAAACGUUUUGGGUUGGCAAGAUGCCAAUUCAACAGAGUUUGACCCUAAGACAAGUCAUCCUGUGGUAAUCGACAUGCCAGAACACAAUCCUGGGCAAAUGGGUGGCACCAUGAGACUUGGCAAGAGGAGGACCCUCUUCCAGACAAAGAACUCGGUCAUGAGAAAGCUGUAUGGGGAUCCUGAUUACUUGGAGGAAAGACACCGACACAGGUUCGAGGUGAAUCCAGUCUUAAAGAAAUGUUUGGAAGAGCAAGGCUUGAAGUUUGUGGGCCAAGAUGUUGAAGGAGAACGAAUGGAAAUUGUUGAACUGGAGGAUCAUCCAUUUUUUGUUGGCGUUCAGUACCAUCCCGAGUUCUUGUCCAGACCAAUCAAGCCAUCUCCUCCUUACUUUGGCCUCUUGUUGGCCUCAGCUGGAAGGCUAACUCACUAUCUCCAGAAAGGCUGCAGACUCUCCCCCAGGGAUACCUACAGUGACUGGAGUGGGAGCAGCUCCCCUGAUUCUGAAAUCACUGAAUUGAAGUUCCCAUCAAUAAAUCAUGACUGAUGCCUGGGACAGCUCUGCCAUGGGUGCCACUGGACUUGGAUGGAAUUUACAGCCUUGAAUUCACUCUCAGCAUUUAUGUUUUUUAAUUAAAAUUAUUUUAUUACAGGGGAAAAA